AGAUUUAUCUGUUACUCUCACAAAUUCUGGCAUGGAACCCAACAUUGGUGAAUAUGUUCCACCAGAAGAAUCUUCUUCUGUUCCAAAACUAGUCAAACUAAAAAAAGUUUCAGAUAUACCUCUAAUUUUCCUAAUCUUUUAUGAGGUAUCAGGAGGACCAUUUGGUGUAGAAGACACAGUAAGAGCAGCAGGUACAAUGUUUCAUGAAAAUGGUGGCUAUGUAGUUUGGGUUUCAUCUGCAUUAGGCCCUUUUUGGGGUUUUCAGCUUGGUUGGAUGAAAUGGCUUAGUGGUGUAAUUGACAAUGCUUUAUACCCAGUUAUACAAAAUUAAUCACAUAUCAUUGGAUAUUUUUAUGAUUAGAAAAAAUCAAGCACAUCUUAUGUGGCUCCAAAUCCAAAGGUUAAUAUUCACUUAGUAUGUUUUAUUAGGCCUAUGCUCUAAAUCACAAAUAAAUCUUUUCUUUGACGAGAAAUCUUAAGCUCAACUCAACUACUUCAUUAAAAUAAGAGCUGUAGUUUUAACUUGUAAG